GCACACCAUAGCGUGCGCAGCCAGCACACUGCUAGGCUCAGGGCAGGCGGCUAAAUACAGGCAAAUGCAUGAAUUCCUGGUACCUCCACGGACCAGUAAGGGUAUGCUGGUCCCCCCAAGAGUGGGCGGGCAUGGGACACCCUCGCCACCCGGAGGCGCUCACCGACCUCGACCAACGAGGGCGUUGCGGGGAAGGGAAGUCUGGAUGGCCCAGGGCCGUGGGGACCACGACGCGCCACCAGGGGCUCCGGUCCCCCUGCUGGAGGCCGGGGCUACCGCUCCCACGCUUCCGCAGAAGGCAUUUCCUGAGAGCAUGAAUUCUAUCCCCAUCAGCAAAACUGUCGGGGAAAGUGGUGGAAAAUGACGCCGGCGGAGGAAAAACGUCGGGAGUAAAGGAGCCCAAGCCCCGGGCCCAAACCCUCACGGAGGGGACUGUGGAGGUUAGAGAAGCCAUGCGCAGCUCCCGCCGCGGCCAGAACCAGGGCUGGAAGCCUCGCGAGAUCUUGGGGAGGGGGCUCGGGAAUCUCGUUGCGUUGCCUAGCGACGGGCAGGACGCUCGCAGGCCCCCAAGCUAACCCCUGCUGUAGCCUUAAAUCUCCUACCAUGGGAGAAGGCGGCGGCCGAAGCUUUGGGACCACUAGGGAGCUGCAGAGGCUGAAGCAGCAGGCGAUGGAGUACUACCGGGAGAACGACGUCCCGCACAGGCUGGAAGAGCUGCUCAACUCCACCUUCUACCUCCAGCCUGCCGACGUCUACGGGCACCUGGCAAACUGCUUUUCUAAACUUGCAAAGCCUCCCACCAUAUGCAGAGUCGUGGGGAAGAGUGUAUUGGAUGGAUUGGGGCUUCCAACCCUCCAAGUGGAAAUAUUCUGCACCAUUCAAAAUUUCCCCAAGAGCAUAUGUUCAGUGGUGAUCUCAACGCACUUUGAAGUCCUCGAGAAUGUUCUGCCGGAGCUGGCAGACGCAGAGCAAGAAGCAAGGUCCGAGGCGGUCCGCAUCGCGGUGCAGUGGGUCAACGAAACCAUCACCGAGGAGCUUCAGGGCCUGACGCCCUCCGACCAGGCUGAGGUGGACCAGGUGCUCAGGACAUUCUUUGGAAAUAAAGCGCAAGAAGACAAAGAGAGGAGAGAACUGGAAAAGAGCCUGGAAGACACAAGAGUGUCCAUCCCUUCUCCUGCACCACCACCACCGCCGCCUCCACCCCCAGCCAAAAAAAGGGGACAAAAGCAAGGGAGGAACGAUACUUUUACAGAGAAACCUAUUGUGCCUCCAGAACCUGUUGAACCUAUACUGAAUGGUAGCAUGGCCAUAGGGGCUGUGUCACUCGCUGUGGCCAAAACCAGGGCCAUCCUGGACAAUAACCCCCUCUACUUAAAUAUUGCACUACUGAAGCAGUCAGGUCAGGAACAGCCCACAAAGCUCACCUUACCUUUGCCAAUGGUGUCUCUGGUCAGCUGCGGGAAGUCAUCGCCCGGGAAGCUGAAUUUAAUGAAAGAAGUGAUGUGUAUACCCCAUCCUGGAUUAACAGCUAAACAAGGUGUGGAGAUGCUUCUGGAAAUUCAGAAACAUAUCAACAAAACAAUUGAAAUGCCGCCACCUCCAAAAACAGAGACCAAAAAAGGGCAUAACGGAAGCAAAAGAAGUCAACAGCCCAUCACGGGCAAGAUGUCGCAUCUUGGCUGUUUGACCAUUAAUUACGACACCAUAGAGCAACCGCUGGUCCUAAUUCAAGGCAUCUGUGCGAACCUGGGGCUGGACCUGGGGACAAACCUGCACCUAGCCAUCAACUGUGCUGCCCAUGAGCUGAUGGAUUAUAGUAGAGGAAAGUAUGAAGUGAUGCUGGGAACAUACAAAAACGCAGCGGAGAUGGUGGACCUCUACGUGGAUCUGAUCAACAGGUGUUACAUCCUUGCAGGAGCUGCAUCCAAAAGCAUUUCUAAACUUCUAGAGGGUGGGGACAUCAGCACCCCCAAAUCCAGUGGGCUGAUCAUCAGACAUACCAACCAAACUACGAUCUCUGACUUGGUGGAAAUAACCAGUCUUCUUGACAGUAAGCAGCGCGUGGCCGUCUUCGGAAGCGCGGAAGGGGAGUCGUCUGAUGACAGCCUGGUUGAUCUGGCCAUCGGACUCGGUGUCCGGUUUAUCAAGUUGGGAGGUCUUUCUCGCGGCGAGCGGAUAACUAAGUACAACCGCCUCUUCACUAUAGAGGAAGAACUGCUCCAGAGUGGAACACUGGGUUUCAAUGAAGAACACAUAUUUUUUCCCUUGAAUGAUGACACUGAGAAGGGGACCGAGGCACCCGAGGCUGUGGCUACCGUGGCUGGCGAGCCAGCCGAGCUCCCAGAGCCCAUCUUCCCCACAGAACUGAUGGAGGCAUCGGCCAAAGCAUGAGCGUCUCCUGGAUGGGGCUGUGGACACCCCGCCUUUCGGCCACGCUGCUAGCAUGAGACCCGCAGAGCCCACCUGUGUCUUCACAUGGGCUUUGCUCUAAAACAUCCGUAACCAGCGUGCUCUUUGAUUGCUCUUGUGAUUUCUGUUUGGUAACACUGGUACCUAGUAUUUCUGCCCGAAAUUACGCCUGUAAACUGUGUCUUCCAGACCUCGAAUGUCCAUGGGGAAGUUCCCUCCUGCCCACGUGGGGGGCCAAGACCUAGUAAAAGAGUCCAGCGCCUCUGCUGCUGAGCGGACAUGGGGGGCAGCGACGUAGCCGUGCCCGGAGGCACAGGCGCAUCUUGCCGCCUUCCUCAGGCAGGAAGAAAUGUGCGAACUUCAGUCUUUCUAGCAGCCAAACAGCUGCGGCUUACUUCCUUGCCCUUCAUCCCUCUUCCCUGACUCCCUCCUCUUUCUAAAUUUUCAUCUUUAUUAUAUUACUUGUACGCUUGUGGGUGUCCUAAGAUCCUUUUUAGAAAAAGCAGCAGUCUAAAUGAAUAAACCCAUCCGUAAAUGAA